GGAGCCUGCUUCAACCCGUAGACUGGUCGAUUCAGCUUCCAGACCGUGCCGGGUGGAAAGGGUAAGGGAAAUCCUUGAGGACGUUCCAUGUAGAUGUCCUCGGGGAGAUCCCCUUGGAGAAAUGCAGCAGAGACGUCCAUGGAGUGAACGUCAAAGUUGCAUCGAGCAGCGAUGUCCAGCAGGGUCCGAAGUGUGGGCAGUUUGGCUGUCGGAGAGAAUGUGUCGAAGAAGUCCAGGCCCUUCUUCUGCGUGAAGCCUUUUGCACAGUAUCGCGCCUUGAAGACUGGGAGUUCGCCAGGCAGCUGCUUGACGCGAAAAACCCAUUUGCCACGGACAAUGUUAACUCCUCGCGGAGGAGAGACGUCCGUGAAAGAGUUGUUGCGAAUGAAUGCUUCACACUCCGCGAUCAUGGCUGCGAGCCACUGGGGGGAGUGUGGUCCAGAGAUGGCUUCAUCAUAUGAGUUCGGGGUCGGGAUGGAUGGAUUUUCCGAGAAGUUAAGAGUUGGAGCGUCGGCAAGGUCGGGGAAGAGAUGGC